UCCAAUUUUUCACUCUGAAACUUUUCAAAUUCCUCAGUCUCUCUCUCUCUCUCUCCCUUCAACCCUUUAAAACCUUCUCUCUUCAGGUCAUGGGAACGUUGGGGAGAUCUACCGCCCUAGCUGAGGGCUCCGGGUCGGGUUCUGGAGCGGUUAGGUUUGAGGUUGGGGAUGAGAAGACGACAGCGGUUGAUGACUCCGGUGGGACCCGGGUCGGGCCGGGGAUGUCCGGUGGGGAGCUGGUUAGGUCGUUUGUUGAGCUGGUUCACACUGUGGAGGCUAAAGUCCCGGUGGGGAUGAGCUUCGGGGAGCUCGACACGUGUAUGUCGAGGUUCAGAGGGAGUGAGAGUGUUGGGGAUGAUGAUGAUGAGAGGAAGCUGGUGAGUGUUGGUUCCGAGACGGCGGAGGAGAAUGGGAACUCCUGCGGCGAAAACAAGGCCGCUGAUUCCGGGGUUGAGGAGGAGAAUGGGAAUAGUUCUUGUUCUGGUGUGAACGACGCGGCUAAGGAGAAUGGGAAUGUGUCUGCCGAUUCUGGAGUGAACGACGGUGUUGAGGAGAAUGGCAAGUGUUUGGAUGAAAUUGGGGGAAAUGAGGUGGUUGGGGCUUCGGGUGCAGGCAAGAGUGAAAAUGGUGAAGACGAGGUAGGAGAAGAGGCGGGAGAUGGAGGAUAUGAGUUUUGUGUUGGGGAUUUUGUGUGGGGUAAGAUUAAGAACCACCCGUGGUGGCCGGGCCAGAUUUGUGAUCCUGCAGAUGCAUCUGAGCAUGCAGCCAAAUUGAAAGCCAAGGAUAAACUUCUUGUAGCAUACUUUGGGGAUGGCACUUUUGCGUGGUGCCAUCCGUCGCAAUUGAAGCCCUUUGAGGAGAAUUUUGUGGAGAACUCCAAGCUGAGUAGCUCCAAGGUUUUUGUUAUUGCUGUGCAGCAGGCUGUGGAUGAGAUUGGUAGGCUUGUGAGGUUCAAGAUGAGUUGUGGUUGCAUGGGUGAAGAGUUUCCAAGUGGCAGUAACCGACCCUUGGCACAAAAUGCUGGAGUUAAGGAAGGAGUUGACAUUCCUGAAGGCCGAGUUGGGAAGUUUUUUGGUCAUCUAUCUCAGCCGAUUGGCCUUCUUGCUGAAUUGAAACGUGUUGCACAAGUUGCAUCCUUGACUAGUGUUCUUGAGCUCAAUGUAUUGAAGAGCUUGCUGUCUGCCUUCUACUAUUCGAAAGGGGGCUAUGAGUUACCUGUUUACAUUGAACCCCAGCUAAUUCCUGGUCUUGAAGAUGAGCAGAAGAUGGUGGAAGUCCCAGUGCAGUGGCCAUCUGAUGACAAUCUGUCUUCUCCCGUUGGCUCCAAUACGGAAAAUGCUGAACGUAGUUUGUUGCAUAAGUCACCGCCAAGUAUAGAAAAUAGGCAGCCCCAUAAUAGGAAGGAGAAGAGCAUUACUGAUCUUCUUGCAGAAGCCAAUGAUGUUGACUUUAAAAACAAAGAAGGUGUAACCUCGGAGAAACAUGGGGUAUCAUCCAGACGGAAGAAGCAGAAAAGUAGUUAUAUUCAUGGUGAGGCUAUGUUGGCUUCCGAAUCAAGUAAGGAAAAAGGCAAAGUCUCGGGUUUAUUGGUCAAAGACAAUCAAGCUGAUGCGAACUUGCAUGAAAGGGGGUCCGGGAAGAGAGACAUUGAGAAGAAACAAGUUAUGAAGUCUGAUGAGCGUACAAAAAAGCGAGCUGCUGAGACAGAAGGUGAAUCUGGGAAGAGGGACAUUGAGAAGAAGAAACUAGUUUUGAAGUCUAAUAAGUGUACAAAAAAGCAGACAGAAGGUGAAUCUGGGAAGAGGGACACUGGGAAGGAACACGUUAUGAAGUCUGAUAAGGUUAUUAGAAAGCAGGCUGCUGUGGCACGAAGUUCAAAGAGAAGGAAGCUAAAUUCUGUAAUUAAGUCGUUGGGAGAAGACAAUGCCAAGGCAGAGAAUCUGCCUGUCAAUGGACGUGGAAAGAGGAACAUCAACAAUAAAAAAGAUAAGCCUGAGAAAAAGCAAGCUCCUGAGCCACCAAUUUCAGAGCUGAUCAGAGGAAGACGAAAGCGUGCUGAAGCUCGGGAUUGGAAGAUUAAGGAGGCACAAGAGAAGGCUUCUCCUGCAUCCCUAUUUGUAACAUUUGGCCCCGGAUCCUCACUGCCUACCAAGGAUGAUCUUCUUGAAAUAUACAGUAAAUUCGGGGAACUAGAUGAAACUGAAACGGAGAUGUUCUACACCAAUUUCUGUGCUCGUGUGGCGUUCGUAAUGAGCUCUGAUGCAGAAGAAGCCUUCAAUUAUUCUCUACUCCACAGUCCCUUUGGAGCUUCUAAUGUCAAUUUCCGGCUCCAAAAUCCCUCAAGUGCUUCCAACAAGACUCGUGAGCUGAGCGCAUUACCUGAGUCUCCUCCAGCUAAGAAGAAGGGUCGCAAGACUGCAAGUAAGGCUUCAGUAGCUUCACAAAGACCUUCUGGUCAGCCAUCACAGGUUGGUGUCAUCAGGCAUAAACUUGAGAUGAUCAGCUCAAUGCUGGGAAAAGACUCGGUUCAGGAAGUGUCCACAUCUAAAUUGCAGAAUGAAAUAAAGAAGCUUCUUCAGGUGGUGAGCACAAUGGAUGAAUCCUCGGCUUAGAUUGGAUACUGUUAGAAAUAGACACAUUCCCGGUUAAUGUCGUAUAGCUAAUGAUCCAUAUGUAGGUUUAGAGAUGAUGUCACAACUUCCUUUCCGGAUGUUUCUGGAUGGAGUACCCAUUUCAAAUUCCGUUCCAAUCAAAUGAUAUAUUAUCUAUUUUGUAGAAACUGGUUCUACUUUAUGGAGGGGUAC